GGGGUGCGGGAACCUUCUCCAGAGAAGCUGCGAGUUGGGGAAACUCCGCUACCGAUCCAUCGUGGCGCCGGGAAAGGGGCUGUGGGGCUCGGAAGGGCUAGAUUUCGCAAUUCUGGGAUCGAUAUUCCUCCCCUCCCCCACUUUCCCUAGCCUUGGACUGGGCCAAUGAAAGCCCGAAAAGGAAAAAAAAAAAAAAAAAAAAAUUAAAUCUCAACGUAGCCGGAGUGCAAAGGCCGCUCGGCUUUGUUUCCCGGUGGGGGAACGCGCUGUGUUGGAGGCGCGAACAGGAGCCGCAGACGGUGAGCCCCUCCGCUGCAACUGCCAGGGCAGUGAAGCCGAACAGAAAACCCCAUCGCUUUAAAAAGGCAGCUGUCCGCCCUCUCCCUUUCCCCUCGCCCUGGCGAGGGGCCCCUCAAGUCCGGGAUCCGCGAGCUACGCGGACGGAGGAUCUCGCCAAACCCGAGCACCGUGCGGCGUCUUUUAAGAACUCGAACAACGGGAAUCCAGCAAAAGACAAGCCGGCCCCAGAAGGCAGCCUCCCUCCUCUCUCCGCGCACGGGCUACAAUCGCCCCCAGUCCCCAAACUGUCACAGUAGAGGCCGCGCGGAGAGAGCAGAGCCGAGUGACCCCGCGCAAGGCAGAAGCCAAGCGCGGCUGCUUUAAGAACGCGGAGAGCGCGCGCCCGCCGCCAGCUGGCCCGGGCUGCGCGCCCCCGCCGCCACCGCGCGCCCCCUGUUCGCUCGCUCCUUCGCUCGCCGGCUUUAAAGUCUCUGCCAGGAUCCAUGCUCACAUGUUACUUCCUGUAUGGAGGCAUGGCCAGUUUCCAGCCCCGCGCUCUUCGUUCCUUCCCAGCCUGCGCCGGAGCCACAACUUUCAGGAGCAUGGACUGAAGGCGCCCUCGCCCCAGCGCCCCUCUGAGAUCCUUUGUGUUUUCCUCCGUUUCCUCCGGCCGUUUCUAUUUUGGGGGGCUCUCCGCUCCCCCCGCCUCUCCCCUCCCCUUCCCCUCUCGCAAACAUGCCUCCUUCCUUCCCGGGGCCCUGGAAGGAGCUGCCUGCCUGAAGCCCGGAGACGCCGCGCCGCGCUCAGCCCCGCCGCCGCCCGCCGGCUCUCGGGCUGUGCUGCGCUGCCGACUCAAGUUGGGGAUCCUCGGCUGCUCGCCGCCGCCGCCCGCGGUCCCUGCCUGCCCCAGGCCCGGGUCAUCGCCGCCGGCCGCCGACUCCGCGCCCUGCCCGAUCGGCUCUCUCCUUUUUGAACGGAAAGCAGCCCUUCUCCGCCGAGAGGAUCGUCCCCAGCGUGGCUCUGCGUUCCCGGUCACUUUUUGAGAUUUUCCGGGGGGCGCUCGGCGGCUUCCCGGAUUCCAAGGGGACUCGGGCCGCCGAGCGCGGGGGCCCGUGGAGCGGGCGAGCCGGGGAAGCGCCCCGGCUUAGCGGAGGCUCGCACGGAGGCAAGAACUUAUUCAACAAGUUUACCUCCCUGCUUUCCUCUUUUCGAUGUGCGUUUUCGGACAUGCGGAGGUUACUGGAACCGUGUUGGUGGAUUUUGUUCCUGAAAAUCACCAGUUCCGUGCUCCAUUAUGUCGUGUGCUUCCCCGCGUUGACAGAAGGCUACGUUGGGGCCCUGCACGAGAAUAGACACGGCAGCGCGGUGCAGAUCCGCAGGCGCAAGGCUUCAGGCGACCCGUACUGGGCCUACUCUGGUGCCUAUGGUCCUGAGCACUGGGUCACGUCUAGUGUCAGCUGUGGGGGCCAUCACCAGUCUCCUAUUGACAUUUUAGACCAGUAUGCGCGUGUUGGGGAAGAAUACCAGGAACUGCAACUCGAUGGCUUCGACAAUGAGUCUUCUAACAAAACCUGGAUGAAAAACACAGGGAAAACAGUCGCCAUCCUUCUGAAAGACGACUAUUUUGUCAGUGGAGCUGGUCUACCUGGCAGAUUCAAAGCUGAGAAGGUGGAAUUUCACUGGGGCCACAGCAAUGGCUCCGCGGGCUCUGAACACAGCAUCAAUGGCAGGAGGUUUCCUGUUGAGAUGCAGAUUUUCUUCUACAAUCCAGAUGACUUUGACAGCUUUCAAACCGCAAUUUCUGAGAACAGAAUAAUCGGAGCCAUGGCCAUAUUUUUUCAAGUCAGUCCGAGGGACAAUUCUGCGCUGGAUCCUAUUAUCCACGGGUUGAAGGGUGUCGUACAUCAUGAGAAGGAGACCUUUCUGGAUCCUUUCGUCCUCCGGGACCUCCUGCCUGCAUCCCUGGGCAGCUAUUAUCGGUACACAGGUUCCUUGACCACACCACCGUGUAGCGAAAUAGUGGAGUGGAUAGUCUUCCGGAGACCCGUCCCCAUCUCUUACCAUCAGCUUGAGGCUUUUUAUUCCAUCUUCACCACGGAGCAGCAAGACCAUGUCAAGUCAGUGGAGUAUCUGAGAAAUAACUUUCGACCACAGCAGCGUCUGCAUGACAGGGUGGUGUCCAAGUCCGCCGUCCGUGAUGCCUGGAACCACGACAUGACAGACUUCUUAGAAAACCCACUGGGGACAGAAGCCUCUAAAGUUUGCAGCUCUCCACCCAUCCACAUGAAGGUGCAGCCUCUGAACCAGACAGCACUGCAGGUGUCCUGGAGCCAGCCGGAGACUAUCUACCACCCACCCAUCAUGAACUACAUGAUCUCCUACAGCUGGACCAAGAAUGAGGACGAGAAGGAGAAGACGUUUACAAAGGACAGCGACAAAGACUUGAAAGCCACCAUUAGCCAUGUCUCACCCGAUAGCCUUUACCUGUUCCGAGUCCAGGCCGUGUGUCGGAACGACAUGCGCAGCGACUUUAGCCAGACGAUGCUGUUUCAAGCUAAUACCACUCGAAUAUUCCAAGGGACCAGAAUAGUGAAAACAGGAGUGCCCACAGCGUCUCCUGCCUCUUCAGCCGACAUGGCCCCCAUCAGCUCGGGGUCUUCUACCUGGACGUCCUCUGGCAUCCCAUUCUCAUUUGUUUCCAUGGCAACUGGGAUGGGCCCCUCCUCUAGUGGCAGCCAGGCCACAGUGGCCUCGGUGGUCACCAGCACGCUGCUCGCCGGCCUGGGGUUCGGCGGUGGUGGCAUCUCCUCUUUCCCCAGCACUGUGUGGCCCACGCGCCUCCCGACGGCCGCCUCAGCCAGCAAGCAGGCGGCUAGGCCAGUCCUCGCCACCACAGAGGCCUUGGCUUCUCCAGGGCCCGAUGGUGAUUCGUCACCAACCAAGGACAGCGAGGGCACCGAGGAAGGAGAGAAGGAUGAGAAAAGCGAGAGUGAGGACGGGGAGCGGGAGCACGAGGAGGAUGGAGAGAAGGACUCCGAAAAGAAGGAGAAGAGUGGGGUGACCCACGCUGCCGAGGAGCAGAAUCAGACGGAGCCUAGCCCCACACCCUCAUCUCCUAACAGGACUGCCGAGGGAGGGCAUCAGACUAUACCUGGGCAUGAGCAGGAUCACACUGCCGUCCCCACAGACCAGACGGGCGGAAGGAGGGAUGCCGGCCCAGGCCUGGACCCCGACAUGGUCACCUCCACCCAAGUGCCCCCCACCGCCACAGAGGAGCAGUAUGCAGGGAGUGAUCCCAAGAGGCCCGAAAUGCCAUCUAAAAAGCCUAUGUCCCGCGGGGACCGAUUUUCUGAAGACAGCAGAUUUAUCACUGUUAAUCCAGCGGAAAAAAACACCUCUGGAAUGAUAAGCCGCCCUGCUCCAGGGAGGAUGGAGUGGAUCAUCCCUCUGAUUGUGGUAUCAGCCUUGACCUUCGUGUGCCUCAUCCUUCUCAUUGCUGUGCUCGUUUACUGGAGAAAAUGUUUUCAGACUGCUCAUUUCUAUGUGGAAGACAGCAGUUCACCUCGAGUGGUCCCUAAUGAAAGUAUUCCUAUUAUUCCUAUUCCGGAUGACAUGGAAGCCAUUCCUGUCAAACAGUUUGUCAAACACAUCGGUGAGCUCUAUUCUAAUAACCAGCAUGGGUUCUCUGAGGAUUUUGAGGAAGUCCAGCGCUGUACUGCUGAUAUGAACAUCACUGCAGAGCAUUCCAAUCAUCCAGAAAACAAGCACAAAAACAGAUACAUCAACAUUUUAGCAUAUGAUCACAGUAGGGUGAAGUUAAGACCUUUACCAGGAAAAGACUCUAAGCACAGCGACUACAUUAAUGCAAACUAUGUUGAUGGUUACAACAAAGCAAAAGCCUACAUUGCCACCCAAGGACCUUUGAAGUCUACAUUUGAAGAUUUCUGGAGGAUGAUUUGGGAACAAAACACUGGAAUCAUUGUGAUGAUUACGAACCUUGUGGAAAAAGGAAGACGAAAAUGUGAUCAGUAUUGGCCAACAGAGAACAGUGAGGAAUAUGGAAACAUUAUUGUCACGCUGAAGAGCACAAAAAUACAUGCCUGCUACACUGUUCGUUGUUUUUCAAUCAGAAAUACAAAAAUGAAAAAGGGUCAGAAGGGAAAUCCCAAGGGUCGUCAGAAUGAAAGGGUAGUGAUCCAGUAUCACUAUACACAGUGGCCUGACAUGGGAGUUCCCGAGUAUGCCCUUCCAGUACUGACUUUCGUGAGGAGAUCCUCAGCAGCUCGGAUGCCAGAAAUGGGCCCUGUGUUGGUGCACUGCAGUGCUGGUGUAGGCAGAACAGGCACCUAUAUUGUAAUAGACAGCAUGCUGCAACAGAUAAAAGACAAAAGCACAGUUAACGUCCUGGGAUUCCUGAAGCAUAUCAGGACACAGCGUAACUACCUCGUCCAGACUGAGGAGCAGUACAUUUUCAUCCAUGAUGCCUUGUUGGAAGCCAUUCUUGGAAAGGAGACUGAAGUAUCUUCAAAUCAGCUGCACAGCUAUGUUAACAGCAUCCUUAUACCAGGAGUAGGAGGAAAGACACGACUGGAAAAGCAAUUCAAGCUGGUCACACAGUGUAAUGCAAAAUAUGUGGAAUGUUUCAGUGCUCAGAAAGAGUGUAACAAAGAAAAGAACAGAAACUCUUCAGUUGUGCCAUCUGAGCGUGCUCGAGUUGGUCUUGCACCAUUGCCUGGAAUGAAAGGAACAGAUUACAUUAAUGCUUCUUAUAUCAUGGGCUAUUAUAGGAGCAAUGAAUUUAUUAUAACUCAGCAUCCUCUGCCACAUACUACGAAAGAUUUCUGGCGAAUGAUUUGGGAUCAUAACGCACAGAUCAUUGUCAUGCUGCCAGACAACCAGAGCUUGGCAGAAGAUGAGUUUGUGUACUGGCCAAGUCGAGAAGAAUCCAUGAACUGUGAGGCCUUUACCGUCACCCUUAUCAGCAAAGACAGACUGUGCCUCUCUAAUGAAGAACAAAUUAUCAUCCAUGACUUUAUCCUUGAAGCUACACAGGAUGACUAUGUUUUAGAAGUUCGGCACUUUCAGUGUCCCAAGUGGCCUAACCCAGAUGCCCCCAUAAGUAGUACCUUUGAACUUAUCAACGUCAUCAAGGAAGAGGCCUUAACAAGGGAUGGUCCCACCAUUGUUCAUGAUGAGUAUGGAGCAGUUUCAGCAGGAAUGUUAUGUGCCCUUACCACCCUGUCCCAGCAACUGGAGAAUGAAAACGCUGUGGAUGUUUUCCAGGUUGCAAAAAUGAUCAAUCUUAUGAGGCCUGGAGUAUUCACAGACAUUGAACAAUACCAGUUCGUCUAUAAAGCAAUGCUUAGCUUGGUCAGCACUAAAGAAAAUGGAAAUGGUCCCAUGACAGUGGACAAAAAUGGUGCUGUUCUUAUUGCAGAUGAAUCAGACCCUGCUGAGAGCAUGGAGUCCCUAGUGUGACUGGAAUCCUGAAAGGGCACUUAAUUUGUAAACUUCUGAAGACUGAGAACUUUUUUGAGGCCUUUUUUGCCAGACUCUAGGUUAUACAAUAACCCAGUUACUUUUUUACACUGAUAAAAGUUUUGAUAUUUAUUUUUUGCCAUUUUAUGUCUUAAUGGUAUCCUACUGAGCAUUUGCACCUCUGUUCAUUUCACACAGUGAAACACAAUUUUACCUAGUUUGCACUAUAUGAUCAGUGUUACUGCCUAUAAUCUUAUACAACAGCAAACCCUGAUGUGACAUUCCAUGACAACAUACAUGCUACUUUUUUUUAGUUCAAUACAGUGAAGGUCUUUGUUAUGACAGUGAAUAUUGCUUUUAUUAUUAUUAUUGCUAAAGUGGUUGCAUUCUACUAGCAGGCAAUGCUGUACUUUUCUUCAGUCCUCCUCUCCUUUUUUUUUUUAGGCACUGUUCAAUACUGUAUGCCUUCUGUAUUUUAAUGGAGUGGAUAGCAUUGUUUUCUUUUAGAGACUAGCAGGCUACUGGGAGCUAAAAAGGUCUGUUAAUGUCAUGGCCUUGAAACAGUUCCAUUUAUGCUGGUUAAGAGAUCCCUUAAGAAGUUAGAAGGCUUAAGAACUGCUUCAUGUGAACAUCCCUUAUUAGUUACAAAGUUAUAUUCACAGUUUUUUAAAAAUGUGUCAAAAUAAAGGAUAACUCUGUAUUACAGCUUUCACAGUA